AUGUGUCGAGCAUGGCUGUUGGUGACCGCGGUGCUUGUUGGCAUAGCCAGAGGAGCAGUCAGUCAGUGUUGGGAACAUGUGGCCUGUCAGGAGUUGGACUCAACGAGCAUGAUGGAGUGUCUGCAGCUCUGUCACGCUGACCUCAGUGACCCCAACAGUGCUCCACUCCAGCCUCCCCUUGUGCCCGAUUCUGACCCCUCACCCCCCGCCAAGCGCUCCUACUCCAUGGAGCAUUUUCGCUGGGGGAAGCCCGUAGGCCGAAAACGCCGUCCCAUUAAAGUGUACACAUCCAAUGGUGCAGCAGAGGAGUCGAGUGAAGUCUUCCCAGGGGAGAUGAAGCGUGAUUUAACCAACGAGCUGCCGGCUGGUGCGGACGAAGAUUUGGUGAUGGCGGAGGAUGGUGUUCAGAAGAAAGACGGCUACAAGAUGAAGCACUUUCGCUGGAGCAGCCCGCCCGCCAGUAAACGCUACGGCGGCUUCAUGAAGAGUUGGGACGAGACCAAGCAGAAACCCCUGGUCACACUCCUCAAGAACGUCAUCAACAAAGAUGGACAGACACGCAAGUAG